AUGGAUUCGGUGGCCUUGGUGGCGGUAUCAGCAAAGUGUGCUAUAAAUGCAAGCAGCCCGGCCACCUCGCCCGUAACUGCAAGGCGAGGUGGCGAAGAAGAACGGCGGCUCUGGUGCCAGCAAUGGCGCGAUGAUCGUCUCCAGAGGCACGCCCCCUGCAAUAUGGAAAAUUAUCUCAACCGACAGAUCGAGCGCCUGCUUGCCCUGCGGCUGCUGCUGCUGAGACUGCAGCUGCAGUCGCCGCAGGAUGUGGACGCCGACAUGACGACCGGCGAGGGUGCCGCCAAGGCGGCCCCGGAGAACUCCCACGAAAGCUGGUGCACAGCGACGGUCUUCAUGACCGAUGUGCUCCCGCUCCCCCUCCAGGUCCUCAUGACUCUCGUGAUUCUCACCAUAACCCUUGCAACGCUUGCGCAAGUCCCUCGAAAGCUGGCCAAAGUACCGAAACCAACGUUGCCGACGUCGAUGGAAAAAAGACGUCUUGAGAUUGCGGUCGCCUUUCUCGAAGAAAUGUUGCGCGCUCGCCGAGACAAGCUGGCCAAGUUCAUUUAA